AUAACCACCAGGUCCAGCUCGCUUCCAUAUGACAGCUCAGUCUCCAUUGUACUAAUGAGAACAGCAGUAUAAUGGGGAAGCCUGCUAUGAUAACAAAUGGCAGAUGGAGCAACCUGCGUCUGCAUGCAAUAGGCAUAAUUACAUAAGGUUUGCUUGUUUAUGGAGACUUAAUGAGGGAAAGGCUUCACAGUCUGCUGUAAUUAAUUUUGAAAAGGGACUCCAGAUCUAUUGUAAGUCAUCGUUUAAUUUUCAGUGCCUGCCUAGGGCCGGCCGUGUAGACAAACAUUACAGACAGCCCUAUUUAAGAGUCCCGUCAGACAGUAUAUAACUGUCAGUUCAUCAUCUGUCAUCAGUUGUAUUUGUGCUAGCAAUAGUAGAAUUUUUAACAUAAAAAACUCUAAUUUACACUUAAAGAAAAUGAAGAGUGCAUCCUUGUUUGUGGCUUUUCUGAUCCUCGUUUUAGGAAGCAGGAACGUUGAUUUGACGUGCACAAGUCGCAGAUGUUUGGCAGAAAUGCUGAUCGCCAGGAACAUGCUAUCCAUGCCUCAGGAUGAAAACUGCUCUUUGCUAAUCUACGUACCGUUCAUCGAGUACCAAACUCUGUCUGUUAACACCAGAACUCUCCGUCUAAACAGCCGACUGAGAGCCAUGAUCAAAUGGACGGAUCCUCAGCUGGCUUGGGACACUUCUGAGUACCCGUACGAUGCAGUGAUGUUGCCGGUUGAUAAAAUCUGGACACCCAUGCUUCAAGUCACAAAUGGAAUAUCGACCAGCAUGGAGCACGACUCCAAUGACCUGCUGGUGUACAGCAACGGCACAGUGGAUCAUAAGGUGCAUAUUAAUGCAGAGAUCAACUGUGAAGUCAAUCUGUUCAACUACCCCUUUGCUGGGGAUGAGUGUCCCGUUGCCAUUGAAACUCUUUCAAAUGGAGAUUGCAUUACAUCCUUGGUACUGGAUCAGGUCAGGUCAAUCGACGGAUCAACUGGAGACUGGCAGACGAAUUAUGCAUAUCUGAAGAAAAAACGGGAGGACCGUAAUUUUAUUGCAGUGGGUUUGAAAAUCAGCUGGUCCAGCCCAUUAAUGACACUACUGUUGCCCACUAUUCUGAUCGUCCUGGCUGAUUUUGUCAGCUUCGCCCUGCCGCUGGACGGAGGUGGACGCAACGGGUUUAAGGUCACUCUGGUGCUCAGCUUCGUCAUGUUCCUCAACCUGCUCAACAGUCAGCUCCCCGGAGAUGGGGAGUGUAGCCCCAUCAUACGAAUCCACUUUUGCGUUUGCUUGGUCCUACUGGUGCUGAGCAUGCUGGUGUCCAUGGUGCUGACUCGUCUGGCCCAUGACGGGAGCCUCAUUUUCUUCCACCUGUUGAAGCAACCAGCACCACAAAGCUCAGAAGACAUCGAGGAGAAGGAUGAGGAAGAGCUGAAAGCAGACAUCCACAUCGCUCAGCUGGACGGCCCUGAAGACGUUCAGAUGCUCAGAAAGGUGGUGAAGUUCCUUCAGGGUCUUGAGGACAAGCAGAGCCAGAAGGAGCGUAACCACAUGUUUGCAGACAAACUGGACAAAAUCUUCUUUUUGUUUUAUUUGGUUUUUGGGAUAAUCUAUCUUGUUAUUAUGUUUGGAAUAAUGGCAGCUUAUAGAUGCACCGUGGAUCAUUUUAAUUUCUGGUACUAACACAACCAUCUUCUCAAUGAUCUCUCAUCUACUGUACAUCGAUCCUGACAAAGAAUAUGGAACAGAUAAUAAAGGAUUGUACUUCUAAAAUAUCAUUAAUUAGACUUUCGUGAAGGGAGAAUAUAUAAUAAACUAAUAAAGAUGUGAUUUUGACUGGUAGCAGUUCAUAUUCAUUAAAUCAUUAUUCUUGCAUUAUUGUAUUUGUCAUAUAGUUUCAUCUUUAUAUUGUGUCCUUUUAUCAUGUUGUUUAUAUCUAUGUGUUUGUGGUCCCAUUUGCUGCCAGAGCUUAAUUUUCCCCCAGGAUUUUUCAAUCGUGUUAAUUAAUAGAACAUAGUGUACCAGCUCAGAAAACGGCAAAAGAUCACAUAUAAAGUAAGCAACACAAUAAAUCAAAUCUUUUUUGUUUCAACCUGAAAUUUUAUCAGAUGUAAAAGACAGAAUCAAGACAUAAAUUAAAGAGAUAAGAUGAUGAUAUAUCAUAA